UCCUUCCCGAAGGCUGCCGAACGCCAGCCACCCUCAAUGAUUUCCUCGUCGUGAUUGAUGCUGCCGUUUGCGCCGAUUCCCCUGUUGAGUCGGUGUUGCAGUCAUGUUUAUUUCCGCUGCUUCCAAACUAAAAAUAUAUAAACGUUAACACAUUGCUGGCAUCUUUAAUUGGCCUGGCUCGAUCGCAGCUGCCGGGCCUGGCAUUGCCGGGAGGGAUGGCACUGCGUUGGACGCUAUCCGAGUGUGUGUUGUCUUCGACGGUCUAAUAAAUGAGGAUUUUAAUUAGCCGAUAACACGAGCGGUGUUGAUAUUUAGGCGUUGCUGUCGUUGGUGAGACUGAAUCUGUACUGUGGCGGAAUGGAAAAACGCGUCUGGUUUGAAGACCUCUGAUCCUAUUGGCUCUUCGGUCAGUCAGCUGACAUCCCGAAGAAGGCGAGGCCAGAGGCAGACGAGGAGUUUACACUUGCGCCGCUUCUCCGCUCAGCAACAAACGUCAUGUCUCUAGCCAGCAGCAGCCCAGAGCGAGAGGGCUCUGGCCUGGCCCCCACACACAAUGACUGCCCCUCUUCCCCUCCUGGUUUGGAUCCAGAUCCCCUGUCGACAGGCAGUCCGGUCCUCAGCCCGGACUCCUCUUCCCAUGAUGCGGCGCUGUCAGCGCCCGCAAUUUCUCCGGCAGACUCGGAGAACCUCAGUCCAGAUGAACUGGAGCUACUGGCUAAACUGGAGGAACAGAACAGGUUACUGGAGGCCGAUUCGAAGUCCAUGCGCUCCAUGACGGGCUCGCGGCGCAACAGCGGCUCUUCGCUGGUGUCGAGCUCCUCCGCCUCCUCGAAUCUGUCCCACCUGGAGGAGGACACCUGGAUCCUCUGGGGCCGCAUUGUCAACGAAUGGGAAGAAUGGAGACGUAAGAAGGACAAGCUCCUCAAGGAGUUGAUCCGGAAGGGCAUUCCGCAUCACUUCCGGGCCAUUGUGUGGCAGUUGCUGGGCAACGCCACAGACAUGCCGGUGAAGAAUCAGUACUCGGAGCUGCUCAAGAUGUCAUCCCCAUGCGAGAAGUUGAUCCGCAGAGACAUUGCCCGCACCUACCCCGAGCAUGAAUUCUUCAAAGGUCAGGACAGUUUGGGCCAGGAGGUCCUCUUCAAUGUCAUGAAGGCAUACUCUCUUGUGGAUCGAGAGGUGGGCUACUGCCAAGGCAGUGCAUUCAUUGUUGGCCUGCUGCUCAUGCAGAUGCCCGAAGAAGAGGCGUUUUGCGUCUUUGUGCGUCUGAUGCAGGAAUACCGUCUGCGAGAGCUCUUCAAACCCAGCAUGGCUGAACUGGGACUCUGCAUCUACCAGUUUGAAUAUCUGCUACAGGAACAACUUCCAGAGCUUAACGUCCAUUUCCGGUCCCAGAGUUUUCAUACGUCCAUGUACGCUUCAUCUUGGUUCCUCACGCUCUUCCUCACGUUUCUCCCUUUGCCCGUCGCCACGCGCAUAUUUGAUAUUUUUAUGUAUGAGGGCCUUGAGAUCAUCUUCCGUGUGGGCAUGGCCAUUCUGCAGUACAACCAGACGGACCUCAUCCAGCUGGACAUGGAGGGCAUGUCACAGCAUUUUCAGAAGGUGAUACCCCACCAGUUUGACAGCUGCCCAGACAAGCUGAUCCUCAAGGCAUACCAGAUCAAGUACAACCCCAAGAGAAUGAAGAAGCUGGAGAAAGAAUAUACAACCAUCAAGAACAAAGAAAUGGAGGAGCAAAUUGAGAUUAAGAGGUUGCGCACAGAAAAUAGACUGCUGAAACAGCGAAUUGAAACCCUUGAGAAGGAGAGUGCUGCUCUGGCAGAUAGACUCAUCCAGGGCCAGGUAACCAGGGCGCAGGAAGCCGAGGAGAACUAUGUGAUCAAGCGCGAGCUGGCGGUGGUGAGGCAGCAGUGCAACGCAGCCAGUGAGGGUCUGGAGAAGGCGCAGGACACCAUUCGAGAGCUCCAGCAACAAAAGUACACGGAGGCGUUUGUGAGCAGUCUGCAGACGGAGCUGGAGCAGUCCAAGCUGCGUGAGACCGAGCUGCUGGGGGCCAUGAAGGAACUGCAAGACAAGGUGCUCAAUUUGGAGAAGUGGAGCAGCUGUUUGCCCGAUGAAAACAACAUGGCGGCUCUGCAGGAGGAGGUGAAGCAAAUGAAGCUGAGGGAACUGGAGACGCUGCGCUCAUUCAGAGAGAUGCAGGACUCUGUCACAGAGCUCAACCAGCGCUGGCAGCAGCAUCACAUGUCCCGCAGUGGCAGCACAGGAGGCGGCGGCAGCCACUGGAAGGAAUCGCCAAAGAAGAACGCCAUGAAUGAGUUACAAGAUAAGCUGAUGACUGUCCGCCUUAGGGAGGCGCAGGCCCAGGCUGAGCUGCGAGAGGUCAAACUGAAGGCCGUGCAGCUGGAGAGCCAGAACACAAUCCACAGCAAACUGAUCGGGCGCCAUGAGCAGGAGCGCUCGGCCCUCCAGGAUCGUCUCCAGAUGUUAUCCAAUCAGAACAAAGCUCUUCAGGCCCAGCUCAACGAGAUGAAACGCAAGCAAGCCGAAUGGGACUGCAAGAGUAAAGAGGAGGUGAUGGCCGUACGACUGAGGGAAGCCGACAGCAUGGCCGCCAUGGCCGAGCUCAGGCAGAAGAUAGCUGAACUCGAAAUACAGAAGGAGGAAGGACUGAUCCAAGGCCAGCUCAACCACUCUGACUCCAAGCAGUACAUCAACCAGCUUCGGGACCAGAUCACUGAACUCAAGAAUGAGAUCAGGCUAUUGCGAGGUCAGAAGGCCGGGGCCCCAGGUUCCAGGCUCACCACCAUGGGCGCCAACUACCAGGAUCUUUGCCUGGCCAGCCCCGCCUCUGUUGAGGGUGACUACCUAAGCUCUGACGAGGACCUCCUCCACAGCCCGCUGCCCCCCAACGCCCUUUACCCGGCCAUACCGGGCCCAUGUCACCCCUCCACCCGCCUGGACAGUGAAGGCAGCACGGACAGCGAGGCGGAGGAGCGGACACACCUGGAUCCCCCGCAGCUGUACAGCAGUAUGGUGUGCGCAGAGGCCAUGGAGAACUGAUGAGCGCUGAUCCAUUACUAUGGCAACGCUGAUGGAGAGAAUCUCACCAAAGUGAGUGCAUCCUCCUCCCGUUUUUGUAAAUAUAUCAUAAAUAUCCUUUUGUGGGACAACACCGAAGAAAUGACGCUUCUCUACAAUGUAAAGUGGUCCAUGUGCAGCUUGUGGCAGAGAACUCAUUUCAGCUCACUUCACAGUAAUCAGGAGUUCAAGACAAAACAAUUUAUCAGAAAAGAGUCUUGAAGUGAUUUAAUGUCCCACUCAGUUGAGGUUUACUGUCUUGAGUAAAAAGGAGAAAAAAAAGAAGUAUGCGUUGUGUAUUAAAAACAAGCAAACGGCUUUGCAACCAAUGUGGCCUGAAGACCAACCUGCCCGCAUAACAGUAACAUCAUGGAAAAUGACAUUGACAAAUUCUUUUUCCAGUACUUUUGCUCUGUUUUCAGUGGUGUGUUUGCACACUUGCCACAGGUGUUAACUAGCCGUUGGAGCUAGCUACCCCCAAAAAAAAGAGAGAGAAAGAAAAAAAAAAAGGUGGGUAGGGUCCUGGCCGAAAAGUUCAACGGUGGCCAGGUCAAGUCCGCAGAGAAAAAUGUAAUAUUUUUGUUUGGAUUAGAGUUGCAAGUAGAAACAAAACAGUGCGCCGCUGGCAAAUGCUACAUCAGGUAACGAGCUAACUUAAAAAUUUUUUUUAAAAAAUCAAAAAUGUUGCAUUUUGCUUCAGAAUGGCCGGUCAUGGCUUCCGGCUGAGUGGUUGCUCAGUCCUUUGUUCUGCCGCCAGCAGUUUCGAGCGAAGGGCUUUGUCAUUUUGAAUUGAGUUAUAAAUAGACACUGUUAUACAAGUUGUUCACUGACUACAUUGUAGCAAAGUGUCCUUUUUUUCAGUGUAGUCCCAUAAACAAAAACAACAACGAAAUUGAAAAUAUUUUCAAAAGUGUACGGUAUGUGAAGCACUCCUUUUGUGAGAUACUUUACCCGUUUGAAGACCUGGACUUUGAAAGCUGUCCUCGACUCCAGCACCUAUCCAAACCCAACACACAAAAUAGACUGACAUGGACCUGCAAAGGCCGCUCUUCUUAAAUGUCUUGGUGAUGUGAGAUGAGCUGGCAGCCCAUAUCAAACUCUCCUUCUUGAUCGAGUUCGAAUGUUGGAGAACACCGUUGGCACAUCAGUCCUGGCUUGCCUUCACAACAAAAGGUCUAUCAGCUGUGCGUGGGGCUCUCUCACGCUCAUCAAAACAGGCCCAGGCAGCUGCAAAGUAACAUACUCGCAUCACUAAAUGGCGUCCAUGCACCCAUCGCCUCCAUUUCACCAUGUUGAACACAUGCAGAACGUUCAGAGUGUGAAAAUAUUGAAGACAAAAAAAAAGGAAGAAACUCAACAUUGCCAAAUCGUUUUUUUUCUUUUCGUAUUUUAAAGUAAUUUAUAUGUUAUAUAAUUUAUUUUGAUAUGAUUUUUACGAUCAUGCACGUAUGUCUGAGGUGCCGACAGAGGCCUCCCCGUACCCUCCGGUAUGCGUGUGAUCUAAACGAGUGCCACCACGAGCGUUGCCUGGCUGUGCUGUGAUGCAAGGUGAGACGCUCCAUGUCCUUGUUGUCAUUUUUCAUUCCACUGCUCAACAUAGUCACCGUUACUCUCUAGUCAUCGGCUCACUACAACUAUCUACGUUGUGUGGAAAUGGAUGCUACCAUAAGCAAAUUUUUGCAUAUCAAACGGGCCUGCUGAUGGUCAGUUUAAAUAUUAAAUACUGUAUCUGCACACCUUUAAAAGUCUGUCAUUCAGAUUGCAAAUCAAUCUGUCACUUUUGAGUCAAGACUGAAGAGACGCAGGGUGUCCUACGUUCUGCUUUUUGCACUACACAGAAAAAGUACCGACAUUGUUUUCUUCGUUUUUAAUUGUUUUCCGCUGCAGGUGAUUAUCCGUCCGCAGGGGAGGGGGGGGGUGGAUUUAAAGAGGAUGUCGUAUUGCCAAGUGUACUGUUGCACAUAACAGCGUUUUCGUGGUCAUCGGUGCGUGUCACAAGACCCCUCUCGCCACUGGAAUCAGUGUUAGCAAUGUAGUCAAACUUCCUUCUGUUUCUUAAGCUUAAGCACACUGUGGAGACUGAGAUUUUGCGCUUAAAUGGGGGGGGGGGGCAUGGUUGCUUUAAUCACGCGCAUCGGACAGAACUUGAGUUCAAUUUAAGUCGAUUCAAAAGGCUGUUUUUCAGUUACUGUAGCAGUAUUCAGUUGGGAGCCGCAGUGCCCUUAAUGGGUAACAAGUCUCCCUCUCAGUUGUGCAGUUCCGGGUUCAAAUCUCAACUUUCUUAAAUCUGACCUUCAUAUUUGGAGUUGGCCUUUUUUUUCUUACUAGUGUAUGUGUGCGUGUGCCUGCAUCUGCGUGUACGCGCGUGCGGGUGCGUGUGUGCCAUUUCUUAACUGUUUUAAUGCAAUCUAAGGUCAACAUUUGUUCUCGUAAUGGCGUCAAAAGGGUUUAAAGAGGAUGUCGUUUUGCCAAGUGUGCUGUUGCACAUAACAGCCUUUUAGUGGUCAUUGGUGCGUGUCACAAGACCCCUCUCGCCACUGGAAUCAGUGUUAGCAAUGUAGUCAAACUUCCUUCUGUUUCUUAAGCUUAAGCACACUGUGGAGACUGAGAUUUUGUGCUUUUGGUUGUGGGUCGACACAGAAUUCACUCAAUUUGCACAUUCGUUGGCCGUGAUUAAAAUAUGCUAAAUGGACGUAAUUUUGAAAUGGGGGCCGCGGGGGGGUAGGUGGUUGCUGUAACCACAUUUUAAUCACGUGCAUCGGACAGAACUUGAGUUCAAUUUAAGUCAAUUCAAAAGGCUGUUUUUCAGUUACUGUAGCAGUAUUCAGUAGAGAGCCACAGUGCCCAUAGUGGGUAACAAGUCUCCCUCUCAGUUGUGCAGUUCUGGGUUCAAAUCUCAACUUUCUCAAAUCUGACCUUCAUAUUUGGAGUUGGCCUUUUUUGUUUUAAUGCAAUCCAACAUCAACAUUUUUUUGAUUAGGCACAAGCGAGCUUUUGUUUUUCGCAAUUCAAAUGGUUAUCGCCACAAAAAUAAUGUCACUGUAUUUUUAUUUAUUUACUUUUUUUUGUAAGCUUGAGAAUAAGAUCAUCAAUGGAAAACCGUUCAACUCAGCAGAUAGUGAAGAUUUAUGAAUGAUGCGUUGAAGAAAAGUGAGUAGUUUCCAACCUUGAAAAGGCACAUCGGAAUGACAACAGCACUAGCUGCACCUCUAAUGCUAUACAACACAGUUAUCGCGGUCAUCGGUCUUAUGUUUUGUUUAUGCAAUGUCUUUUGAUAACAAGCGACCAAGUGCAUAGAGGCUUGCUAAAGUAUCUAGCGAUUAGCGUGUGAAGCUAACCUACCCGUCUACAUGGUCCCUCGGUGAAGGAGAAGCCAACCAGAAGAUUUCCAAAUGUUUACUUUUGUGGAAGGGGGUGGGUCAGGUUUGAUUUCAAGGCAUUGACAGUCACUUCAAUGUGUAUCUCAAUAGAUAUGAAUUUUGUGGAAAACUAUUUCAAUAGCUCAGUUCAAAACAUAAUGAUUUGCUGUGUAUCGCUUACAGUGAACGGGGAAAAAAACACUUGUGAUGAAGAACCAGGUACUGAAAUCAACUUUUCUACAAUAUUCAAAUUGACGGUGGUGCUCAUGUAAAUGGAGAAUGGAACUUCAACCACAAGUCAACAGCGCCGACUUCAAAACAUUUCGUUCACUGCCAAAGGCGGCACACAUGCCCACCUCUUCAGAUUUCCGUUGUCCAUUGAGGACUUGUAAAUCUGAACAGCUCGGCUCUAAAGUGACACUGCUGUGAUGUGACUAUGACUACUGUGACAAACUUUCUGAAUACUGGGUGAUACUUGCUUUAUUGCAUCAUUUCGACUACUGCCAUCCCAUCUGUUUUUCUUGUCCUGAUCAUACAUCAGUCACGUGCCAUAAACGUACACUUCCGUCCAAACUCCACACCUCGUCGCAUUUGAACACCUUAUGUAGCAAGACUUUGGCCAUUAAGGAAACUUAAUGCGAUGGCACCGUGUUCUCCGUGUGGUGUCAAACAUUUUCGUCAUCCUUCUCCCAUUCUGACCAAUGUACUUGUUGCGUACACUGAAUGCAACUAAAGCUUCUAUAACAGAGGUGUCAAACUCAUUUUUAUCGCGGGCCACAUUGAAGUUACGGUUUCCCUUGGAGGGCCGUUAUGAAUUUGGGGAAACCAUAUAACUGUUUAAUCACCCCCACAUAUUACAUACACAGCGAACAACAAAUUGAUGGAUAACUAGUUUUAAAAUCAGAAGUCAAGAAUAAUGACUGUUAUUGUGGAUUACAUGUGACAAUUUGAAAUUUUGGUUCAGACGUUAGCAAGCAUUAUGGAACUUGACGUGCUUUAUUUGCUUUCGCGGGCCACAUAAAAUAAUAAUAAUAAUAAUAAUAAUAAUGAUGCAUUUUAUUUAAAAGCGCCUUGAUGUGGUGGCCCAGAUAUGGCCCCCGGGCCUUGACUUUGACACUUGUGUUCCAUAAAGUCGAGUACUACAAUGAAAGACCUUUCCGUGUUCUGUAUCCCACGAACAAUACUAAAUAAAACAUGAUCAUUGCA